CACACUCCUGUCACUCAACGCUAUUCCAGAGAAUUCAGCUCGAGGAUCCAGCAGCACGAAGCUGGAAUGAUAUGUGUGUGUGAAGGGGAAAGCGUAUAUCUCACCUCACUGCCUGCGGACUCUCCCGGCACAUAAACGGUAAAAGUGUGUCCGAGUGUCCUGCUAAACAGAUGGCGGUGUCGCGCGAGAGUUGCGCCGCUGCGCAGGUGAGCACUUUCUGUUCAACACGGAGGCAAACGAGCGCAGCUCCGAGGCGCGCGCGCACCUGGCCGAGCCACGCUAACGCAGUCAUGCUUCUACUUGCCGCUUGAGAGACGCUGGCGCUACUUGCGGAUCCUUCGCCGUUGUUCGGAUAAGAGAAUUCACUCCAGCGCUGAUCUUGUCAUUUGAAGACAUUUGAGACGGGUUUUUUGUGUGUGUGUGUGUGUGUUGUUUGAGACAUUUUGACGGGGCAUCGAUGGAGAGGUGGGCGUUGUUUCUCUUGCUCGCGUGCGGCGCUUCUCACUCUGCGCGUUCAGGCUGUGAGAACCGUGUAUGUAAUCCUCGUAUGGGCAACCUGGCCACUGGGCGCCCCAUGCUCACAGACACACAGUGUGGCUCCACCACACCAGAGUACUUAUGUAGGUAUGAUGAUGGCAGCUGUGUACCGCAGUGUGAAGUGUGUCACCCUCAUGCUCACCCACCCACCUCCAUGACCGACUCACCCUUCACACAGCCACCUACAUGGUGGCAGUCGGCCGGAGACGCCAUCGCUGAAACAUUACAGUUGGACCUGGAGGUGGAAUUUUACUUUACCCACUUGAUUGUGAUCUUCCACUCGCCACGCCCUGCAGCCAUGACUGUGGAGAGUUCGCGGGAUUUCGGGCAUACAUGGGGCACCCUGCACUUUUACGCCAGCAACUGCAGCUCCUGGUUUGGACUGAAAGAUGGCCAUGGCUGUACUGAGAAAUACUCAUCACCAAGGCCAUGUAGUGGUGGAGAGGUUAUAUAUCGUGCUCUCUCUCCCUGGGGCAUAUUAGAACCCUACAGCUCAGAGGCUCGUGCCCAACUUGGCAUCACCAACCUCCGAGUGCGCCUUCUGCAGCCUCAACCAUGCCCAUGUCAGCUCAAAGAGAGUAAUACCAGCCUCCUCAGUGUCCCCUAUGCCAUCUCUGACUUCAUCCUGAAGGGAGCCUGCUUGUGCCAUGGCCAUUCUGAUCAAUGUGUGCCAGCCAGUGGCUACUUGGCCACACACACUCGUGACCUCCAUGUGGUGCAUGGCAAGUGUGUGUGUCGGCAUCACACAGCAGGUGAUCACUGUGAGAGAUGUGAUCGUCUCUAUAAUGACCGGCCAUGGAGACCUGCAAGUGGUCUAACUGGAGAAGCUCACCAGUGUGCUAAAUGCAAGUGUAAUGGACAUGCAGAGAGCUGCCACUUUGACGUAAGUGUGUGGGUGCAUUCUGGUCAGAGAAGUGGAGGUGUGUGUCACUGCUUGCACAAUACAACAGGUCGACACUGUCAACAUUGCCAGACUGGCUUUUACAGACAUCCAGAGAGACUACUGACUGCUGCGAACUCCUGUACAGCUUGCUUGUGCGACCGUGUUGGAACUGAGAGUUGUAACCCUGCUAAUGGGGACUGUAUGUGCAAGCCUGGUGUGGCCAGCCCGCUGUGUGACAAAUGUAUGCUGGGAUACUGGGGUUUCAACCAGUAUGGUUGCAGACCUUGCCACUGCGCAGGUGACUGUGAUCCAUACAGUGGAGACUGCAUGACGGGGUCAGAUCCUGAUCACAACACCACCUUAUUUCGAGUGGAAGAACUUUUUUCUGCCCUGAACUUCCAAGAGAAAUGUGUCUGCAAACAGCAGUCCCUUAGGAACAGAAAAAUCUUCUGCAUUAUGAAAUAUUCCUAUGCUCUAAAGGUUAGAGUGCUGGCAGCACAUGAUAAGGGCUCUCAUGCGGAGGUGGAUGUUAAAGUUCUGAAGGUUCUGUGGAGCAGCUCCACCCUCAGGCUCAUGCAAGGAACUGUCACUCUAUAUCCAGAGUCCUGGACCACUCGAGGUUGUACCUGCCCUGUACUGUACCCAGGGGAGGAAUAUCUCGUUGCUGGGCACCAUGAUGUGAGGAAAGGUCGACUUCUAGUCAACAUGAAGAGUUUAGUGAAGCCAUGGAGAGCCAAUCACAGUCAUCGAGUGCUACAGCUCCUUAAAACUAAAUGCACCGGAGUUAGAUAGCGACAGAGAGAGGGAGAGAGAGAGAGGGAAAGAAAGAAAGAAUGUGAGAGAGAGAGAUUGAGUGAGAGGGAGGGAGAGUGGGCUGUAGUCAAAUUUACACACUGUCUUGUGCAACUGUGUAUGUGAACUGAAUGUUGAGAGAUGAGAUCGGUUAUGAAUCUCUGUUGUACAGAAUGUAUAUUCAUUGAAUGUACAUAUUAUAAUGUAUGAAUCUUUUGGAGCCUGUACAUAACUUGCCAUUUGUAUAUAUAAUGUCCUGCUGAAAAUAUGCUCAUAAAAUGCAAUCAAAAAUGGCAUAGGACAGACAACGAAAAAACAUAACUGGCACUUUUUUGAAAUUAUUUCUUCUGGGACCCUGCUUAAGGAAAAUACCGACUUUGGUGAAACUACUUGGAGACUAUUCUUUAAAUAAAUGACUACUGUUUCUA